AUGGCGACUGUAGUUACAGGUCAGCUAAUGAGAAUCGUUCUGGAAAAUUGGGGCAGUUUAGAGUUCAGGGAGCUCAGCAGGAUGUUUGGUCGAAUACAUUCAAUGCCUGACCAGGAUCUUUUAGCUCUUAUUUCCUCAAGUAGUCAGUUUAUUGUGGUGGAAAACAGCAAACGUGAUUCUGCUUCUGCUUCUGCUUCUGAAACCUUAGUCAUUGCCAAAACUACUCUGAGAUUGUGUCCAAAUAAUUCUGACUGUGGAAACUGUGAGCAUUUGCAAAUCUGCAAGUUCUUUGUUUGCGGAACCUGUAAGUUUGGUCACAAGUGCAAAACCUCCCAUGACUUGAAGUCAGCACAUAAUGCUUUACUCCUAAGAAAAAUGGGUCUUCAAGAUCUUAAGGAAAAAGAAUUAUUUCAACUUCUGCUGCAGAAUGACCCGACUCUCCUGCCUGAAGCUUGCUCUCACUACAAUAAAGGAAAUGGAGAACAUGGAAGCUGCAAAUUUAACACAUCUUGCAUCAACCUGCACAUCUGCCAGCACUUCCUGCAGGAUGACUGUAAAUUUGGAACUAAAUGCAAACGGGCUCAUAAUUUUGAUACAAACAGUUUGAAGGUCCUACGUCAUGGAAUCAGUGAAGACAAUAUUCAAGAGUUCCUUAAAACUUACAAGAACAAAUAUCUUAUUACCUGUCACAAAGACAAACCAGCUCGGAGAACACAGACAGUUUGUGCAGCUAAACCAACAGCACGCACCAAAACAGCAUCCAGCAGCUCAGUGAGUGAGGAAGAUGCCGAAGAAAUCUGCCUCUAUUUCAUACGCAGAGGAUGUACUUACAAGGAGAAAUGCAUUCGUGUACAUCAUAAUCUGCCUUAUAAAUGGCAGAGUUCAUGCAAUGGGUCAUGGAAAGAUCUGUCCCAUGAAGAGGAAAUCGAGAAAGCUUACUGUGAUCCAGCUAAAGACAAGGGUCCAGGGAUUUUUUCAGUGAACUUCAGCUCUAUGACACGUCAAGGGCUGCCGGUCCGUCGUCUAUCCACACCAUCCUCCGUUACCAAACCUCCUCACUUCCUCCUGACUACUGAGUGGCUCUGGUAUUGGAAGGAUGACCUGGGACAAUGGAUUGAAUAUGGUCAGGGGAUGGACAAAAAGCAUGGAACCCCUCUCACCUCACAGACCAUAGAAAACAUUUACCAGUCUGAUCCUGAGAGUGAUAUUCCUGUCAGUUCUCCAAAACAUGCCUACGUCCUGUACCUGAAAGAUAUGUAUCAGCAGAACACUGUGUACAAAACCAAGAGAGAGAUUCGAAGGAGACCUCGCUUUGUCUCUGCUUCAGAGGUCAAGAGCAAAUUAAAAAGUGAAACCUCCAGCUCCAGUUCCAGCUCUGUCUCUGAUGUAGUUCCUGCUCACUGGGAUAAAGGGGCUCUGCCCAGUUACUCUUACAAGCUGGUUUCUUUGUCUAGGGCAGAGUCAGACUAUCAAAAGGUAGAAAAGCUGUUUAAGAUGACCAUGCCAAACUACACUAUUGUCAAAAUGCAAAGGAAUCAGAACGUCUCUCUGUGGAAGGUUUUCCAGUGGCAGAAGGAGCAGAUGAAGGUGAGGAAUGGGGGGGCAGAGGUGAACGAGAAGCUCUUGUUCCAUGGUACAAAUCAGUCUCUAAUUGAUCCAAUCUGCGAGCAGAACUUUGACUGGAGGAUCUGUGGCAAACAUGGUACAUCAUAUGGAAAAGGAAGUUAUUUUGCUACAGACGCUUCCUAUUCUGAUCGAUACUCAGACUCAGUAAACAACAAGAUGAUGUUUGUGGCACGAGUUCUGGUAGGUAGCUAUACCUAUGGUAACAGUAGCAUGGUUCGUCCUCCUGCUAAAACCACAGGAAAAGACCUCUACGACAGCUGUGUGAACAACAUCAGCGAUCCGAGUAUCUUCGUCAUCUUUGAGAAGCACCAGAUCUAUCCUGAAUUCAUCAUUGAAUAUUGCAGGCCUGGAACAGCGGUUCUAAACUUGCAGUCUUUUAAAUCAGUGCGACAAAUCAGUGCGGCCCGUGCUUUUAUUUAGGUCUAGCAAUACUAGGCACUGAUGCCUGUGUGCUGCCCAUUAUGGUUCAGCUCACAAAAAUGAUAAGACCCAAAUGUUUUUGAUUUAUUAACAUUUGAAUAGCCAUAAACACGUGUAGUCACUGAUCAGGAGGGUUGCAUUUUAUAUUAAAGUUUUUGUUAGUAUGUAAUUUUAAAUCAUGAUAGCAGUUUUUGCUAAACUGUAUUGCCUAAAAUUAUAGUCCCCAGAAAUUUUUACACAUUUACUCUUAAUAAAAUGAACAGUCAUUUAAAACCAUUUAUUUAAUAGUAGACAAACCUGUAAAAUCACAGAUACAUUUAAACAUUGUUGCUGACUAAUUCAAUGUAAAACAAAAAUAAAAAAAAUUACAGUGGAAACCCUUUAAUGAUCAUGUUUCUUUACAAGUUUAGAUUUGUAUUAAAAU